AUGGAACCACUGAAGAUGGAAAAUGGUUAUUUCAUCCCUAUUCUUGGACUUGGAACAUGGAAUAGCCCACCUGGUGAAGUUGGUGCAGCUGUGAAAAAAGCCUUGGAAAUUGGUUAUCGUCAUUUAGAUUGUGCUUAUUUCUACGCUAACGAAGCAGAAAUCGGUGAAGCGUUGGAGGAAUCAAUGAAGGAACUCAAUUUAAAAAGGGAAGAUAUUUUUAUCACUUCUAAGUUAUGGAAUACAUUUUUCCGUCCGGAAAACGUGAGAAAAGGAUGUGAAGAAACUUUGAAGAAUUUACGUCUAAAGUAUUUAGAUUUGUUUCUGGUUCAUUGGCCGGUUCCAUUUGAACCUGGUAAAGGAUGUUUACCUACAGAAGAAGAUGGAAAGUUUUGUUUAGAUAAUGUGCCCCAUGAAGAAACAUGGAAGGAAAUGGAGAAAUUAGUCGAUGAUGGUUUAGUAAAAUCUAUUGGCCUUUCAAAUUUCAAUAAACGACAAAUUGAAAACAUCCUUAAGCAUUGCCGAAUUAAACCAGUCAAUUUGCAGAUUGAAAUUCAUGCCAACUUUCCAAAUAUUAAAUUGGUUGAAUAUGCACAAUCAAUUGGUUUGACGGUGACUGCCUAUGCACCUUUGGGUUCACCUACGGGUUUCCCGGGAAAAACUGAUCUGCUUACAGAACCAUGGGUUGUGGCAAUCGCUGAACGUCACAAAAAGACCCCAGCUCAAGUUCUUAUACGUUACUUGGUUCAAAGGAAUCUUAUAGUAGUUCCUAAGUCUGUAACACCGAAAAGAAUUGAAGAAAACUUCCAGAUAUUCGAUUUUCAACUAUCCGAUGAAGAAAUGCAUGAUUUAAAUACUAAAGGUUUGAAUGACCGCCAGUUCAAAUUGUUACAAAUGAGUGAUCAUCCUGAAUAUCCAUUCAAUGAUGAAUAUUAA